AGCCUAGUUCUGUGCGCCUCUCACACACUCUGAAUUUUAACUAACCCCUUCACACCGGCGAGGAGCAAGCGAGCAGGCAGGCAGGCAGGCAGGCAAUAGAUCCUGUGCUCACUUCGCGUGCAGCAGCAGAGCUAUAUCGGCGCGUCAAACAUCACUACAGCUUUUUCAGGAUGCUAAAGCAAGACGAAGAAGGGGGCAUGGAGACUAGGGGCGCCUGUAUUCUUAAUUAAACAGAGCCCAAGACCUAGAGAACUAGUCAUUUUGGAAGCAGAAACACCAAAAGCUUCCCCGUAGAUCAGUGCGCAGAUUGCAGUUGUCAAACCUUGUGUGUGUUUUUCUAUGUUAACUAUUAGCAAGUGAUCUGGUGGGAAAUCGCUUUUAAUUAACACUCAGCUGCUAAAAUACGUCUUCUGCAAAUCAUGCACGGACGGUAGUGUAUUUUCCACCAGGCUGAAGACAGUUCAAAUUGAGGAUUAUUUCAACAUUACUUUUGGUACCGUAUAUCAGGCUCCUCUCCGCGCCACCCCUUUCGUUCCGCCGCUGAGCCCAGACCCGAGCCGGACUGUACAUUUCCAUGCAGCCGCAAAGGGAGAGGAGAGAGGUGCGAUCCGGAUCUGGAUGGAUGGGUAUGGGGAAAGGGGCAGGACCCUCAGCCCUGGGAAUCGGACAGAUCCUCUCGGUUUUUCUGUGCAUUUUUCCUGCAGUGAGCCUGCAGUGUAAGAUCUUGAAGUGCAACUCCGAGUUCUGGGCCACGACAUCCGGCACUCACCACUCGGGCCCCGAGAGGGCCCCCGAGUUCUGCACGGCCCUCCGCGCGUACGCCCACUGCGUCCGAAGAACGGCCCGCACCUGCCGAGGGGACCUUGCCUACCACUCGGCCGUGCACGGCAUCGAGGACCUCAUGAGCCAGCACAACUGCUCCAAGGAGGGCCCCACAUCGCAGCCACGCCCCCGAACCUCCACCCCUGACAGCCAGGAGCGCUCCGACAGCCCCGAGAUCUGCCACUACGAGCGGAGCUUCCAUAAGCACACGGCGCCCCCCAACUACACCCACUGCGGCCUGUUUGGGGACCCGCACCUCAGGACCUUCGGGGACGACUUCCAAACCUGCAAGGUGCGAGGCUCCUGGCCCCUUAUAGACAAUAAGUACCUGUAUGUGCAGGUCACCAACUCCCCGGUCCUGCCUGGGUCCCUCGCCACGGCAACAAGCAAGCUAACCAUCAUCUUCAAGAACUUUCAAGAAUGCGUCGAUCAGAAGGUGUACCAAGCUGAGACGGACGAGCUGCCGGCUGCAUUCGUGGACGGCUCUAGAAAUGGCGGUGACCGGCACGGGGCAAACACCCUGCGCAUCGUGGAGAAGAUGCCCGGGCAGCACAUAGAGAUCCAGGCCAGGUACAUCGGCACGACCAUCGUGGUACGCCAGGUCGGCCGCUACCUGACCUUCGCAGUGCGCAUGCCUGAGGACGUGGUGAACUCUACCGAGGACACAGAGAACCAGGGCCUGUACCUGUGCCUGCGCGGCUGCCCGCAGAGCGAGCGCAUUGACUUCAGGACCUUCCGGGCGCGGGCAGCAGAGAGCCACGUGGCCACUGGGGGGGGCAACAGGGGAUCGGUGUCCGUGGAGGCUUUCACCUACAAGUCGGCCAUGGUCAAAUGCAAGGAGAGACUUCCCGUAGAGGAUUUGUAUUUCCAGUCCUGCGUCUUUGACUUGCUCACCACGGGCGACGUCAAUUUCACCUUGGCUGCGUAUUAUGCUUUCGAGGACAUGAAAAUCUUGCAUUCAAACAAAGACAAGUUUCACAUCUUUGAAAGGACUGGGGACCUGACACCAGGAAACUCUGCACCCGGGAGGCCCUCCUCCCCUUCCUCGCUCUCGGCCCUUCACUUCCUCGCGUUACUGCUGUGGAUUCAGUGUGGUUUAAUGCAUCUAUAGUGUUGUGUUUACAUGAAACUUUGUCAUGAAAACCGCAGUGUGAACCUGCGAGACACGCUCUUCGUCUUCAUAUCAUACCUCAGUUAACUCCAGGGUGUGAAAACGAUCCCAUUCUCCCAACACAUCUAGUUCAAGAAAGAGGGGAUUUGCACUGAACAGAGCAGCACCAUGCAUGCCAAUGCAAUGCAAUGUAAUGGGCUCCCGCCUCACCACUGUGAUCAACCCAUUCCCAUAUCAUUUAAUAUCUUUCAACUUUGCCAGGUCAUCAAAAUCAUGGCAACUGCUUUUCUGCAGCAGUACUUUACAAAUUAAUGCGCAAUUAGUUUGCAAAACAAAAAAAAAGUAUACAUUGGAGAUAACUUUAAAUAGUUCUUAAAACUCUUGGAUAAUAUUGCAGGCCCUUACGUUUUGGUGAGAAUCCACAGCAUUCAGAAAGGUUGGCCAGGUUGUUUGCUAAUGAAGAUUUGUCUGUUGCAGGUUGUGGCUCCGCACAGCGGUCACAGCUCCUUCUUGCAAUACUGUACAUGGAAGAGCCCAGAGGAACAUUUUCCUGCUGGCUGUAAAUUACACCCAGGGUUUGAAUUCGGCUGACGCCCGGGUCAAUAGAUACUGCUUUGUUUUGCCAACAGCAGGGCUUUAGAUCAGGGUUGUCCCAGCUCAGUGUGGGACAGGGUGGCUAGGGUUCACUGCAGUGAAAUGAAUAAAGGAGGAAAUAAAGCCCACAUGAUGUAAAAGGUUUAAAGCUGAAACCUAAAAAAUGACAACAGGUCUUGAUCUCGUCCACUACUUUAGCUGCAAUACCACAGCUGCCCACUACCAUCUUGUGGUAGCACUAAGUGUGUGCACACCAGGUGCCCCCACCUUCCGUUUCUCCAGAGAGUUCUGUGGAUAAUAAAAAUAAAGUAUUUAGGCUGAACAGGGCCCCCUGAUUGCAUGUUACACUAAUAGUGCUGCUAAACAAAGCUGUUGGGGAAUGGGAAGGUGAGACACGCACAUUGUGUUCAGUAUCUUCUGCAAUAUGGGCUGUGCUUACUAGCUUGCAACAGAGACACUCUUGGUGAUUUUGGUAUUAUUGCAUAUUGUGACAGUGGUUUCAUCAUCAUGAUUGGGUGGCGCUAUGGGGCAGUCGUGUUUUGUAGGCAAUAUAUGCACCAGUGUUUAAAAUGCCAUAGCACUAACAAGGCAAGUUCUUGUAAUGUAUGAUGUCUUAGUGUUCCUAAUCUUUGAAUAUCUUUGGAUCUUUCCCAUAGUAAACUACCUGAACUCUCUGAAUGAGUCACGAAGCGAGGCUGCCUGCCUCUCGAGUUAGACUAGCUCCCCCACCUGUGGCUCCAUUCCUCAUUUAUUGCACGGCUUUGAUUCUGUUGAUUAAACAGCCAGGAAGCGGCUGCGUCUUUUUCAAAUUAAUAAGCUACAGUGUUAUGCACCCUAUGCCUGGCGUGAGAAGGGCUGUGAGCAGGCAACGUGUAAAUAAAUAGGAGAGCGUGUGGGGACUGGCAGGCAGAGCCAGAUCAUUUGCAUUGCACAGCAGUCUUGGAAAUGAGGCUGUAUGUCACAUUGCAUGGCUCAGCUAAAAGCAUCGCAUUUUCACAUCAGCCAAAAUGAUAAUGAAUUACACCACUCUGUUCUUUUACAGUUACUGAAUUUUCCCAUUGAGAUCAUUCAACGAGAUACUUCGUCUGGGAGUUAAAGGCAGGCAGUGAUGUGUGUACCUGCUAUACAAUAUAAUAGCAUGUGUGAGCAAGCGUGUGCACACACAUUUCAUUUGUGAUAAUGGCAUAUCCAUUAUUUCUAAAAUGGGACAUUCAUUUAAUCAAACUUCCAACACUGAAUUACCUAAAAGCCCGCUGUCUCUGCACCACAGACUUUCUUUAAGAUAGUUUCAUCUUGUACGCAAGCCUCGUGGUGCCUUUCCUUUUUAUUGCUAUGGAUAGAAUUACUGGUACGAUCUGCAUAACACCAUACUGCUUUUAAAAAACUAAACAAAACUAAAACUCUUUCAAAAAAAGGUGUGUAACAUUGAGUUGUGCUACUGGAUGUAGUUUAUAUUGUCUGUAUAAUAUAUGGAUCUCCGUGUAGAACCCUUGUGACUGUGCACAGAGUUUGUAUGAUGUUCAGUUGUUUUAAAGAAAAAAAAUGUUUACCUGUUGUGAAAACUUCUAUUCUACAAAACUAAUUUUGGGGGUGAAAAUGUUACACAUGUGAUCUUUCCUGAAAAAGGGAGCUGUAAAAACAGGGAUGUCACAAUAUUCAGAGACCUGUACGGUGACCCAGGAGUCCUAAUACUGUGAUGAGGAUUUCUGAACACUGUCACCUAGUAAAUGACCUUGCAAGGAGCGUAAGCUCUUGGAAGCGUUCUUCAGCAAUGUUGAGACAUCCCUCUUCUAGUUUUUGUUGUUGUUAAAAGCACUUUAUUUGAUUUUCUUUUAUUGGCUGUCAUUGGGUUGUAACUUGUUUGUGAACUCAAGACGGCGGACUCAAAAGGGAAACUAGCUAAUGUAAAAAAUUCAAGAGAGAAGAAAGAUCAAGUUAUUGUGUUUGGAUGUAGGACACAAGCGGAACGUCACUGCGUGUAUAUAAUGGAAAUUAUUUAUUGAGGAGAAAAUUAAAGUUUGUUUUGUUGUAUUGUUUUUGGA